AUGAGCUCUGGAGGCAGUGAACUUAUCAAGAACCCGCAGCCUAAGGCACUCGGCAGUGAUGAUCCUAGUAAAUCACACGAGGAAAAUGGUAGGACAGAUGAUAAACAGGCUAACACUGCUGGCUAUCCCUCUCUUCCUUCUCUUGAGGGCGCAGAUGCCACGAAGCCAACGCCAGACCGAGAUGGCGAUCUACCAAUGCCAGAUCCUGAGGUGAAUGUCACCAAUGAAGAUCCGGGGGCAAAAACCGGCGCAAAAUCUACUAACAAUGGGAGAAUAUAUACCAAAGAACAACGGGACGAGGUGAACCGUGUCCUGAAGUGCAAUGAAAAGGAGUACUAUCAGAUCCUAAAACUGUCCCGAGAUACGCCUGACCUCAAUAUCAAACGGGCCUACUUCAGACUCUCAACAUUGAUUCACCCGGACAAGAAUGCUGACAAAGAAACCACCGCGGCAUUUCAAAAGGUGCAAGCAGCCUACGACGUCCUAAAUGAUCCAGUACGGAAAGGAGAGUAUGAUGCGGCAAGUCGAACUAACCAGCCUGAAGCCAAAAGUAACCAGGCCCCAACCUUCGAUGAAGAAUUUGGGUCUAACGCAUGGGGCAGUGACGCUGACGAAGCCUCUGAUGGCGAGGAUGAUCUCGAUGACACUGAACAGGUCCCGGAUGAGUUCAGACUCAAGGUUUUUGAACAAGCCACGCCCCAUGUGAACAAGGUAUUGGCGAAGCAUACAGAUUCGUCCAGCCUUGCGGAAAUAGAGCAACUCAACCAAAAGAUCAAAGAAAAGAAUGAAGUAGAUGAGCUCCCGAGUAAAGAGAGCUUCUUGAUCCGAACCAACGUCUUGAAAGCCAUUGGAUUGGAAAUGUCGCAUGUGAGGUCCCGCCUACGUGAGAAUCCCAACGAUGCAGCCGCUUUUCACCAGCUGGUCUCACUCGAUAAGCAGUUGAAGUCUCUCUGCAGGGUCAACCAUUAUCCACAGAGUUGGAGACUUAAGAUUCCGGAUGGCUGGCGCAAGAGGGUUGAGGAGUACGAAGCGACGGAAGAAGGUGGAAAAGGAAAGGGAAAAGCACAAGGUGAGGGGUCUUCAGCGGCGCGAUCCGAGGGAAUGAAUGGUGGUGCUGAAUCAGGGCCAUCAAACAAAUCUCCAAAGGCCACAGGCUCAAGCGAGAAAGGGGCGCCGUCUUCAAAGUCCAACAAGGUCGCCCGGAAACCUUACUGGGAACCAGGCAUGACGACGGACGGUGAGAAAAUCUUAGGGCAUCGACCCUUCUAUCGAACAGAUCGAAAGACAGGCGUCGAGAUUAUGUUCGGUGUUCAGUUUGUGGUCGAACAACGCGGAUCUGACAACCCCAUCAUCCUCCUCUCGGGAACCGAAGUCGGUCACCAUGCGACAGAUGCUUACUUUGACUUGCCGGAGUCCAAGCGAAAAGACCUUCGACAUUCUAAUCGAAAAUAUUCUUGCAAGGACAAGGCUAACUUCGAAGAGCUCCUCGGCUUUACGACGAAGAAGAUGGAAUGCAUGACCAUCUCCGAGCCGGUCACGAGGUAUCCUGGGUACGGAUUGGUCAAAUUCAAGAAUGGCGAAACCGACAUUUUGAGCCGCACCGCAUUGAGGAAGAUCUUCGGAAAGAAGGACGCGGAUGAUAAAAUUGCACGGUUCUUUCCCAGACCAUCGCACCUCAUUGAGCCGGCUCAGACCAAAGGCCAGCUAAUGUCAGGCUCACAUGGGCGAGGGAAGAUCGAUGGGCGUGCUUUCGAAAAAACCCUCGACUCGGAAGAGUUGUUCAUUCCAGAGCAGACAUCAAGGAAAUCAAAAGGCUUGAAGUCGGCGCAAGGUCAACUAGAAGCCCAGCCAGAGAACUCUGAUCUGAUGGCUGCAAUCAUGGCUCAACUGGCGCGCUUAGAACAAAAAGUGUCGCAACUCUCAGGGUGAAAGUGAGAUCAAGGGCUUUACCUGGACGGAUUCGGCGUUUCUCCGCUGACGUAUUGCCUCUCGGUUUCUUUCAGAUGAGUUGGGGAUAGAUUUCUACCAUUAGCAGCUGAUUACAUCAGAGGGGCACCGGCGUCUUGCGAGUGGUCGGAUAUGGAUGCAUGGGAUUUUAUGCAGUGAUCGAAGUAUGUAGUGUAG